UAUAGGGUAGCAACACAACAACAGGGCCUGAAGUGAGGAGGGAGGACAGCAGAGACCAGCCCCCUGCAUGUUCAGCCCUGCCUCUCCCUGAGCGCACCUCACACUCGCGUGCGGCCGCGGUGCGCGCUGAUCGCUCCUCUCGCUCCUCUCCUCUUCAACGCUGAUCCCUGCACUCAAGACAUUUCUGUGGAUUCUUCCCCCGUGGAAUUUCACUCAGACUGUCCUUCACCUCCUCCUAGUGUCUGCACCAGGCAAUAAAAAUACAAAGAUCUAGACAGGAAAAUUCGGAAACCACAGGAAAUCCUUUCUGAUUGCAUCAAAAGGAAAGUGUUUUCCUUCUGCUUACGAGCCAGUCGAGACAGAGGAAUGCCCAACCACAGGACUGUUUAAGCUCUUUGCCUGUGGAUUUACUGUAAACGCCAGAUAAGGUGCAGACAGGAGCCUGCCGAUCCUCUUUGUGCUACACAGUCUUCUUCAGUUCCAUCUGCUGCACCUCCGACUGCAGGGAUGGUUUCCACAUUCAGCCAGUAUCUCAAUAAGACCAUCAUCUAUGACCACUACAACUACAUCGGCAAAGCAGACGAGAACAAGUACAAGGAGGGAAUCAAACCUGUUGCCAUCGCUUUCCUGCUGGUCUGCCUGCUCAUAAUGGCCGAAAAUGCCAUUGUGCUUGUGGCUCUCUGGAAGAACAAGAAGUUCCAUGUGCCCAUGUACUACCUACUGGGAAAUUUGACUCUCUCUGACCUGCUGGCAGGCUUGACCUACAUGGUGAACAUCAUGACGUCUGGACGCGUCACCUUGAAAAUGACCCCCGUUCUCUAUUUCCUUCGAGAAGGGUGUGUGUUCAUCACGCUGGCUGCGUCGGUGAUCAGCCUGCUGGCCAUCGCCAUAGAGCGCCAUGUCACCAUGGUGAGGAUGAAGCCGUACCAGGGGGACAAGCAGGGCCGGAUGUUGGCCCUCAUUGUUGGCAGCUGGGUGCUGUCUGUGUUCCUGGGCAUCCUGCCUGUUCUGGGGUGGAACUGUCUUGGGCGGCUGGAGCAGUGCUCCACCAUCUUCCCGCUCUACGCCAAAAGCUACAUCCUCUUUUGCAUCACCGUCUUCAGCGCCAUCCUCAUGGCCAUCAUUGUGCUCUACGUUCGCAUCUUCCGCAUCGUCAAAUCCAACACCCAGCGCCUGGCCUCUGUCCCACAGCGCAAAGGAUUCUACAGGAAGUCGCAGAAGUAUAUGGCGCUGCUGAAAACAGUCACCAUCGUCCUGGGAGUCUUCAUCGCCUGCUGGCUGCCCCUCUUCAGCCUCUUCCUGUUGGACUUCUCCUGUCCAGUUAAAGGCUGCAAAGUCCUCCUGAAGGCAGAUUACUUCCUGGGAAUCGCAGUGUUCAACUCCCUGCUCAACCCCAUCAUCUACACUCUGACCAGCAAGGACAUGAGGAAGGCCAUCAUCCGGCUGCUCUGCCAGCCCUGCCUCCUCACCGAAAACGGGCAGGUUCGCAAGAUCGGGGUGCACUUCCUGGACUGCAGCACCACUAGGAUGGACGGCACCUCACACCGGCUGGAGGGACUGGAGACCACAGUGUCCUCGGGUAACUUCACGCACUCAGCCAUCAAACCCAUUUACCCCCAAAUCUGCAGGACGUGAUGAGCUGGGUCACCAAAGAACUUUACAGGAACUGAGCAAAAGCUUGUUGUUGCACUUUGAAACAAUCUCUGUGAUCGUCCUUAAAAAAAACAGUGUUUGGGACUGAUUGGGAGGAAACGUCGUCAAGCUUUUCCGUGUUUGAACUUUUAGAGUCUCGGUCGAGGCCAGUAUUAUGGACUUCUAUGUUCCUUCCAUGAAUGAAGAGGUUAGUUUACAUGUACAUGUGGGGAUAUUCCAGGCAUCAGAUGUGUUCUCAUGGCCUGCUGCCUGUGCAGCAUAAACAGCAUAAUGACACGUUACGCGGACGGAGGAUCCACGCCCAGAUUUAAUGUCUUCCAUGUGAGUUCCUGGACAUCAGAGAAAGUGUCAGAUGUUCUGCAGCUUUACAAUACUGAAGGAUGAGUGCCUUAGAAUAAGCAGGUCUGAGUUUAGCUGAAAAGUGACGGCCGUUAGCAACACUUUAUGGAGCCAGGUCGCCUUUUAUUCUGUGAAAUGAAAUGUUUUCCUGUGAAAAAGCACAGAAAUAACAUGAAUGUGACAGAAAUCUCUCCGGGUUCUGGCCCGGUUCAUGUUGUGCUCGUUUUUUUUAAUGUAAAAAAAUUAAAUAUUUCUACUUCUUUUGUAAAGUUUUCACAUAAGUUAUAACAUUUUUAUAUAAGCACUGAAUAAACAUAUUUGAAUGUU